AAAUAAAAAUUUCUUUGACUUGAUGGAUUAUAUUAAAUAAUUGAUCUCUUAACGGAAAAAAGAGACAGAAUUUAAUGUCAGUUAAUUGACUGUUUAUCUUAUAUUCCUAGUGAAAAGUUAUAAAUAUGAGCAAUAUUUAUAUACAAGAACCGCCCACGACGGGCAAGGUGGUAAUGAAGACAACGGUCGGUGACAUAGAUUUGGAAUUAUGGACGAAAGAAGCACCUAAGGCUUGUAGAAAUUUUAUACAGCUUUGUAUGGAAGGUUACUACAAUGGCACAAUUUUUCACAGAGUUAUAAAAGGCUUUAUAGCUCAAGGUGGAGAUCCAACAGGAACAGGAGAAGGUGGUGAAAGCAUAUAUGAAUAUCCUUUCAAGGAUGAAUUUCAUACUAGGUUACGGUUUUGCCGGAGAGGCUUGCUUGCCAUGGCCAAUUCUGGAAAAGAUGAUAAUGGUUCCCAAUUUUUUUUCACUCUUGGUUCAACACCAGAGUUACAAAAUAAGCAUACCAUCUUUGGUAAAGUUACUGGAGAGACAAUUUAUAAUAUGCUCAAAUUGGAAGAUGUUCUUGUAGAUGAAAAUGACAGACCUCAAUAUCCCCAGAAGGUCUUAAAAACAGAGGUAUUAAAUAAUCCUUUCCAGGAUAUUAUUCCAAGAGUAAAUCUUGAGAAGAAGGCAGACAGCAAAGAAAGCAAGAAAGAUACGAAGGCUGGUGUAAAGAAUUUCAAACUAUUGUCGUUUGGUGAAGAGGCUGAAGAAGAUGAGGAAGAAUCGUCAGUUUUAAACAAACAAUUUAGCAGCAAAGGAAAGUCAGCGCACGAUUGUUUGUCUGAUCCAAAAUUAAGUGCACAGCCUGUAGUUGAACCAGUUGGGCCGCCAAGUAAGAAAUUCAAGGAGGAUCAGGAUAGUAGUUUGGAGAGUGACAGUGAGACGCGUACUCCAGAAGAAUUGGCCGCUCUGGCGAAGGAAAAAGAGGCUAUGAAAGAAAGAAUAAAAAAUAAGUUAAGAGACUCUAAAAAGACUUCGCAAUCGAAGCCAAAAACUGAAGACUAUAAAGUUAAGAAGGAAGAAACGAAUGAAAAUCAGGAGAUAGAGGAAUAUUAUCUGGGAAAAGAUCGGGAGGAAGAGCGAAAGAAAAUGGCAGAGGCGAUCAGGAAAGAGAUACGCGAGCUGAAACGCGAUGUGCAGAACGAAAAGCGAGCGAAGGAGGUGGAACAACGCAAGCAACAAGGCGGAAAGGACGACAAAGAGAAGUCCGAAAUAAUGAAGGAAUACAUAGAAACCCAAGAGAAGUAUAAGAAGGCGAAGGCGGAGAUACCUAAAAAGGGCAAGGUACGCGAGGACUUCACGAUGGAGUUAUUGAAAAAAUUUAAAAACAAGCUCCAAAAUGCUAAGGAGCAACCCGCGGAUUCCGACAAGAAAGAAACGAUUGAGAACGACGAAGACGACGAUUCGCGCGACGAGUCUUGGAUGACGCACGCCUUGCGUUGUGAGGAAAAGGCACCGGUGCUCGCGAAGGACGCCAGUACGAAGGACGACGAUUGGUUCGAGAUCUACGAUCCCCGAAAUCCGUUGAACAAGCGACGAAGAGGCGAGAAGUCUAAUAAAUCCAGAGAGAAUAAAGAUGGCAAGAACCAUUCUCGUCGGGAAGAUCACAAGUGAUCUGUAAUUAGCGUACGAUAAUUAAGCGAUUAUUUUAUUUGAUAAGUGAACGAUUCACGGAUGUAACGAGUGGAUCAUGGAUAUAUAGCAGCUCCGUGUAAAUUAUGUCUUUACAAACUCGAAAAUACAUUAUUUCGCAUUUGGUGUAAUCGCUUCGCUAUACCGAACGCGAUGUCGAUGUCUUAGCCGGCGGCGGAGACGCUCUCGUCGUUAACAAGCAGUUCUCUCUGAAAGGUGCUUCAAUUUGCUCUUUUCGCUGCUCGAAGCGUGGGAAUUGACGCACCAAAGAAAGAGAAGCGACUUUCGACUUUCGACAAGGGAGACUUUCGCGCCGGUCCCGAAUCGAUUCACAGCGCGACGACUUACAGUUUGCCUUAUCUUGGUGCGGAGAUACUGUGCUCCAAGAGCGUUACUCCACUAUUUGUGCAUCAAGUUAGUCACGCUCAACUAUUUCUCUCUCAAUGCGCCGCGAUUUAUGCUUACCGACUCGUUCCCUUGUUGUCAAUAGCUUCUGCCAAGUAGCACAGCAGAUUGCGAGAGGCUGACAAAGAGAGAGAGAGGGGGGGAAGAGAGAAAAAGAGAAAGAGAGAGAGGGAGAGAGAGAGAGAGAGAGAGCGGAAACUGGUGAUUAAGAUCCCGGAAUUUAUUUUGAAAAGCUAAUCGCUCCUCGACAGUCGCGCGUUGUCGUGUUUCGCGAACGGUGAUCGCGUAAUAUCGCAAGCCGGACGGACGGCAGAAGGCAGGAGCGGCGCCUCGCGCGUUGCCUAUGCAAAUACGCCGCCGAUUGUCGCAGUCUUCUUCCACGCGUAUUAUAGCGCGAUAAGGCGUUGAUAUGAAGCGCCAACAUGCUCGUUGGCGGAUUCAGUUGAUCUGUUGACCGCGACCGAUGCGUAUCACGCGUUUUAUGUAACUUCGCACUGCCGAACGCGACGUCGAGCGCGAACGGCUCAUCUGUGCGGUGGAGACGCUCUAAGCUCCACGAAGAACAAGCGACUCUUCUUUGAAGGGUGCCUCUCUGGAAAGGUUUUCCUUUUUUCUAUCGGAAGCGUGAGGGUUGAUGCUCCAGAGGAAGGAUAACUUUGUUUAAGUGACAAAGUUGAAGCUGACUGAUUGUAGCUUUGCGCAUGUAACGGGCUCGAGAUAGGAGACGCAAUGUUGAAAAUGUGCGAGCGUAAUGGCGAUUAAAAUUGUUAUUCGCGGGAGUUUGAGGAUUGUGUGAUGCAGUCAACGACUUAGGGAGCGUCGAGAGAUAUCCGAGUGGUGCGCGACUUGAACGAAGUUUCGAGAACGAAGCGACGCUGCGAUUAGCUAGUUACUUUGUGAGCGAGCCUACGUGUAUGAGAUCCUCGAAGGAAAAUGCCAACGACGCCUCUGAAGAUAGACACACUCGGUGAGAAUCUCCAUCGAUGACCUGAUAUCGUUUCGAGUACGCUGAAACGCGCUGGCGUUUAGUUUCGUUAUCAGCGCGGCUGAAUAAUAG